UGGUAUCCAGCAUGCCACAUGCUGUCAAGAUGGCAGUUUUGGUGUGCUCAAACGGAGUUCGAUCAGGGCGUGCCUUCAUUUGGUCCGACUUGAAAUCCUGGAGUUCCAAUGCCAGCGCCCUCCAAAUGGAUGUAGACGCUGCCAAGCAGUGGUCGUUGGACUGGCACCUUCCUCUGAAUGAUGAAAAGUGCGUCCAUGUAUCGUUUGGAGGGGAUUCAGCGAAUGCCUUUGUUAUGCAUGGUGAAAAGGGACCAGAAAACAUCAUGAAGAUAGAUGCCAAAAAAGAUUUAGGCAUCUGGGUCUCCUCAAACUUGUCCUUCGCACCACACCAUGAGAAAUCGGCCCAAAAGGCAUUCGCCGUUUUACGGAUGAUCCGACGUACCUUCUCCCGUAUUACUCGCAUGGACUUCCAAAUACUCUAUGGGGCCUACGUCAGACCGCUCCUGGAGUACGCCAACCAAGUUGUCUACUCAGGACGUACGAAAGACGUUACCCUCAUUGAGCGUGUCCAGCGGGCCGCCACGAGAAUGGUUGCCGGCCUCAAGUCCGUGGACUACGAAACGCGUCUCGCGACGCUUGAUCUCUUUCCCCUGGAGUACCGUCGCCUCCGAAGGGACCUAAUUCUUACCUACGCCCUGUUUGAACAAAGCUUGGCAAACAGCGCAAAUCCUGACGCGUACGAACUGAUACCGAGUCUAUUGGACCAAAAAAGAGUUGGUGUGAAUCGGCUACGUGAAUAUUUAGGACCACUAAUCAAACGAAAACUUUCUGCUGUACUGUUGUUCGGCGCAGCAGUGCGGUCAGAGGACAAAGAUUCUGUUGGAUCCAUGGGGGACUCACAAUCGGGUCCAGUGAUUUCAGCUGUUCGGUUGUUGAAGCAAGAGUUUCCAUCACUCGUGGUCAUAUGUGACGUUUGUCUGUGCGCCUACACAGACCAUGGGCAUUGUGGAAUUUUGUUUGAAGACGGAUCGAUUGAUCCGGGUUCGAGUGUGGAUCGUCUGGCCCAAGUAGCGUGCGCGUACGCCAAGGCAGGAGCUGAUAUCGUCGCUCCGUCUGACAUGAUGGACGGCCGUGUCAAGGCAAUCAAGGAGGCGAUUCGGUCCGUCGGUUUGUCUGAAAAGGUGGCUGUGAUGUCAUACUCGGCCAAAUUUGCAUCAUCCUUCUACGGUCCCUUCCGUGAUGCGGCGGACUCGGCCCCAGCAUUUGGCGAUCGUAGAUGCUACCAGCUGCCCCCCGGUUCUCGCGGACUUGCCAUUCGGGCUGCGCUGAGCGGCUUUUUUGCUUUCUUUCUGCAGCUUCGUGACGCCCAGGAAGGCGCAGACAUAAUCAUGGUGAAACCCGGAACACCUUAUCUAGACAUUCUGAAUGAAGUGCGACAGCAGCUCCCCUACCACCCACUGGCCGUGUAUCAUGUAUCUGGUGAAUACGCUAUGCUCAUGCAUGCUGCCAAAGCUGGUGCAGUGGACCUGAAGCGAGCUGGUCUGGAAUUAAUGACUUGUUUCCGAAGGGCUGGUGCCUCUGUUAUUAUCACGUAUUUGACACCUCAUCUGCUGGAGUGGGAUCUUUCAGAAUCUUGUCUCUGAUCGUUCGGCUCGAGGAUAGCCCCGACCAACUUGUUUCUAUCUGUCAUCUAUUUUCUGAUCACCCUACCUUAUGUUUCGAAAUAAACUCUAGUGACU